AUGUCUUCAAAAGGCUCAGCGCAUUCAGAUAGAAAACACAAAUCAUUUCAUCAUGACACUGAUAUAAAAUCUAAUUUUUCAAAAGGUCAUUACGGUAAAUCCGAUCUUUUUAGCCAGAAGUCAAAUGGAGACCCAGAAAGUAGUAACUCAUCUAGUAAUCGACACCGGUACCGCGACGGUGUCCAUGAUCGUGAUCGUGAUCGUGAUCGUGAUCAUGACCAUGAUCGCUACUGGCACAGAGAUUAUGAACAAUCACGAAAAAGGAACCUAAGCAAUAGAAAUCAUAGCAGAAAAAAAUCGCGUUCUCCAUCUCCCAUAUCAAUGAAGCACAGUUAUAGAGAUCAUCAUCAAAAAUCUGAGAGACAAAAGAUCAGACCAACACACUUUUCACAAAAACAAAAGGAAACAGAAGAACAACGCACAAAAAAAUGGGUUGCAGAAGAAGAUUCUUUUGUAUUAAAGCAAAUGAAAUAUGGUGCCUUGCUACGAAUUAAGGAAGGGAGAUCAAAACCUAUUGAUUGGAUUGCCGCAAACUUACGCUUGAUUGAUGGAGAUCCUAAAGUUUAUGAUGCAGAUUUUAAUAACGAUGAUAUUGACUUUGAUAUUCCAAUUCCGUAUUCUAUUAUUUAUGGUUUGAACCUUCAAAAUAUAAUUACAUUGGAAGAAGAUGUACAAAAAUACAUUGAACUCGACAGGCAUCCCAGAAAUACGGAGUUUUGGGAAAUGGUACUCAUACUAUGCCAAGAUCGAAAAAAAAUACUUGAAAAUAUGGCGUUAAAUGAAAAAUUAAAAGGAGGUGCAAAUCCUGAAGAUGACCUUGUCAGACCGGUAUCUGAUGAUAUUAACGCAGUUCUUGAUGGUAAAACGUACAGCCAGCUAGUGGAUUUAGAAAAAGAAGUGGAGAUAAUGAAAAUUUCAAAAGAUCCGUCCGUUGAUAUAGAUUUUUGGGAAAGACUUCUUAGGGAAUUGGUUAUUUGCAAAGCAAAAGCAAAGAUUGAUCAAUUUUACAAGGCUGUAAUAGAUGAACGGCUUAAACAACUUCGAAAGCAACAGCAUACAGAAGCUUUACGUGCAAAAAUACAAAUAUCACAGCUACUGUCUCAAGGCGUUCGUCAUUCUGCGAAAUCAAUUAAUUAUUCCUCUUCUAUGGAUACCAUUUCACCAGCCGACCAGGCAAAUAACCAUAUGUUUUUGGCCCAGUUUAUUAAUCAGGAUGGCGUUCAAAUCCAACGUAUACAAUUUGCUAAUUUUAUUGAAAAUUUGGAAAAGAACAGAGACUUGGUCAAACAGCAAAGAUUUAUACCUAUGAAAACACGACCUAAAGAUAGCCAGUCUCGACAUAUUGUUUCAGAAUUUAACGAAGAAAAAAAAUUGGCAUUUAUGCCUCCGGUUGUGACAAAAACACAAACAACAUACGAUGCCGACGGAGUUCAAAUGAAUGAAAAUGAGGAAAUGUUUAACAGUGAAGAAAACAUGGUACCACUUGAAAACAAUGGUGUUUAUGGAUCUGAUAGCGGCCUUCAAAAACCACGAUUUUAUAAUCGGGUUAUCUUGGGAUAUGAAUGGAACCGUUACAACCAGACUCAUUACUCAGCAGAAAGCCCACCUCCCAAGGUUGUUCAAGGUUAUAAGUUCAAUAUUUUUUAUCCAGAUUUAAUUGAUUCGAAGCAGGCUCCUACAUUUUCUAUUAUCAGAGACAAACGCAAAACCUCAAAGCAGCUUGCUAUUGCUGCUGGUCAGAAUGAUACAUGUAUAAUCAAGUUUCAUUCGGGCGCCCCAUACCAAGAUAUUGCCUUUAAAAUUGUUGAUAGACAAUGGGAUAAUUCGCCCCAUAGAGGGUCGCGUUGUAAAUUUGAAAAUGGAGUCCUUCAAGUUCACUUUAAAUUUAAGCGUGUGUUUUACAGGAAAUAA